CGCAACUAAAUAUUUCCGCAUUGUUUACACGCCAAAGUAAAGACUGAACAUGGCAAGCGGUUUGUUUUGGUUGUCAAUAAUGUUUAGUUUAGCUGUAAAUAUAUCUGCAGGGGGAAAUAAUGAUGAUCAGGAGAUAUCAAACGCAUGUUUUAAACCUAUCGAGGACAGCAGACCAUCAUUUAUAAGGACAUAUCCCAGACCUCAUGAACAUAUAUAUGCUUCUGAUCUCCCGGCAUCCUGGGAUUGGCGCAACAUUGAUGGCAAAAACUAUGUGAGCAUCACACGCAACCAGCACAUUCCUCAGUACUGUGGCUCGUGCUGGGCCAUGGGCGCCACCAGCGCGCUCGCAGAUCGCAUUAACAUCAAGAGAAAAGGGGCUUGGCCGUCUGCUUACCUGCCUGUACAGAAUGUGAUUGACUGUGGAGAUGCGGGGUCAUGCUAUGGCGGAAAUGAUCUGGGUGUAUAUGCAUAUGCACAUCAGCAGGGCAUUCCUGAUGAGACCUGCAAUAAUUACCAAGCCCGCAAUCAAAAAUGUAAUUUAUUUAACCAAUGUGGCACGUGUUCGUUCUUUGGUUCCUGCUCCGUUAUUAAAAACUACACAUUGUGGAAGGUUGGAGACUAUGGGACUGUCUAUGGACGGGAAAAAAUGAAAGCUGAGAUUUACAAAAAUGGACCAAUCAGCUGUGCAAUAAAAGCCACUAAAGGCCUGGAUGCAUAUAAUGGAGGGAUUUUUGCUGAAUUUCACAUAAUGCCUAUUUCAAACCACAUCAUCUCAGUGGCAGGCUGGGGCGUAUCAGAGGAUGGAACUGAGUAUUGGAUCGUCCGCAACUCCUGGGGCCAGUUUUGGGUUAGUAACGUAACAGGGGUGAGUCAGGCUGGGCCAAAAUUGUCACCAGUGCAUAUAAGGGUGGGAAAGGCAACUGGUACAACCUCGGCAUCGAAAAGAGGUGUGCGUAUGGAGACCCAAUAGUGACGUAAAACAGGAGGGGAAAAUCUGAGACAAAUCUCAUUUGACUCCAUGUUCUUCAUAGGGGAAGUGGAAUCAUCAACACCUUGCCAAGCACAAACAGAUGGGAGAGGCUGUGAACCUGUUAUUUAUAAUUGUGAUGAAAUGUGCUGUUUUUUAUGGUUUUAAAUCAUUAUUGAAAUAUUAAGAUGGGAGAUUUGUCAUAUUAGGCUCUUUCCUCAGAUGUAUUGAAGUGAUUUCAUCAUGCACUAUUAUUUUAUUGCAAGCCAAUUUUUUUAGUGUUUUUAACUCUUAAAUAUGUAACAUAAUUAAUUCUUUAUUUUUUAGCCUGUUUUAUUAUUUAUCAUAAAUUAAAACAAUAAAAAAGUAGUAGUCCUUAUAGUUUUCUUAAUACAAAAUAUAAUUUCUUAUACACUCUAGAAAGCUGUGUUGUUUUAACCUCUGAUUGGGGAAAAUAUGGACGAACCCAACCGUUGUUUUUGGUAAGGGAUAAUGUACACACAGCUGGUUGUUAUCGCAGAAAUCACACUGAAGGGGCUUAUUUGGCAAUAACCAAUGGCUGCCGGUUAUCCUGCAUAUUACACGACUAUUUGCCUCAAAAGUAAAGUAGAGAACAUUAAAUAUUUAUUUUAAAUACUUAAUUUUCUCAUUUUAGGUAAGACACGCCGUUCAAAUUUCACAAACACACUAUUUGGUUUAAUCAUUUGCAAAUAUGUUAUAUAUGUAAUUAAAACGUAAUGACACAUUUAUAUGAUUUUUUUGUGUAAUAAAACUGCACCUGUCAAAUUGA